AUGUCGUCCAACCGACGAAUCCCCCUCCUCCUUACCAUCAUGGCCCUCACCAGCGUAUCUCUUGCCGCACCAACACAGCCUCAGCCUACACCCCAACUAGAAGACCUCCAAUGCCGCUGUCUCACCUUCUCCACCAGCCGCACCCCAACCCCAUGUUCCUACCAAGAGCUGCUCACUCUAGACUGGGAAGCCGCCUUCUCCCUCUCCAUCACCAACGCGCUGCCCAUCCAAUUCGCCAGCCAAACCACCAUGGACACCUUACUCGCCAUUCCCAAGCCCCUCCCGCUCAAUCUGCUGCAGAGUAUGCAUGAGGGAGGGGAGGUUAGUCCCCUGGAUCCGAGCAGCGGGGUCACGAGUGAGAAUAGGGUUGUUUGUGGGUUUGGACAAGAGGUUGACGGGGUGAGUGGGAGGGGGAGGGGAGGCGUCGAGCAGGAGGUGCAUUAUGUGGGGACGGUGCUGGGGCUGUUUAUGUUGGCUACGAUGGUUUGGGUUGCGGGGGAGUGGGUGUGGAUGAGGUUCUUCUCGAGGACUGGAGCUAUCAUGCUGGAGGGCGACGAAAAGGCUCUCAGAGCCGAGUUCGACGCUCUGACGGCUGAGGUCGAGGCCCUGACUGCGGAAGUCAAGGCCGAGACGAGGAGGAUGCCUACCGACUACUCUUGA